GACCCCAGCGCAGCAAGGAUGUAAGGGUUCUCAUUCCCUACGCUGAUCUCUCCUCAGCCUCCCCGCCGUUUGCUCUUGACGACUUCAUGGCCAACCCCCACCCUCCAUCACGACCCCCCCUCCUCAAGACCUAGGUCGAUUUCUCAACUUGUCCGCCCGUUCCGUUCACCCCAUCACAUCAAUACCAUGUUCACUAGCUACACCCACUCACAUUUCUCACCAUGCAUUCCCCAAUCGACUAAAUGGUGCUGGUCCUCUGCCAUGUUCAAGUGUUGUCCGACUGGCCAGCUUCCUGUCGCUAGCAUCGGACGGCUAUGUAUGCGACCGGUGUCACUCGCAGCAGUUCGCAGCUCGAAUCCCAGUCGCUUGCUAGGAGCACAACAUGUAGCCCGGAGAAGCUUACAAAAUGUCCGCAUUCACUCAUCUGUCCGAUUUGGCACGAAAAGGCGGUCAUCGUGGCGGCCGCAUGAGAAAGAAGUCAGACAAAUCACUGCUAGUCUCCGCUCACCCUUCCCGAUCCUUCACACCAUCAUGUACGUCCUCCAACACCCCACUCCCAAUCUUCUCUCAAUGAAGUUGAAUAUCACCCCAAUCUUUCUCGUAUUGUGCUUGCUGCUCUUGAUGGAUCCAGAGGAAUGCCGCAUGACUUACCCCUUGGCUAAUCCAACCUCGCCCCCCGAGAGCCCGCAUCUCUUUUCUUGCUUUCAAGCCACUACCCCAUAUUACUGCCAUCCUGGCCGAGAAGCCACGGCCAGCCACGGAGCUAGUCUACUAGUAGCCCUACGACGGCGUCAUGUCAGACCUCCGGAGUUGGUCUCUUCUUCUUUGACCGUUGAACUGACAGAGAUGUACAAUGUUUGUCUGGGACUUGCGAAUCUAUAUCUUUGGCACAUCAUCUCGAACCCCAUGAUCCCCACCCACCCCUCCUUCCCGGCGCGUUCCAGUCCGCCUGUGGCAAGCAGGAUAGCGUACGAUGGCUCAGCUCUCAUGUUAGCUCCAUGGUCUGUUGUUGGUCAAAACCAAACCUGUUAUGUGCAAAAUCGCUUUGAAGUUGCCCAAUGGGACGCUAGCAGCCUAACUAUCAGAUCAAGCCACAAUCCCAAGCUCUAGGAUCCGUACGGACUGGGCGGCGGCUACGCGGUCACGGAAGGAACGCCCGUUUGUUUAGUAGCCUGG